AGAUAUAGCCUGUCAAACGGGCCGGGCCCAGGCGGCCUUGGGCAGCUCUAUAAAGCCUCCGCCUCGAGCCGCUAGGUUUUGGUGCUCCCUUCUUCCUCCUCUCCUCUUCCCUCGGCGGCGGCGCAGGCGGCGCGGAGGCGACAGGCGAAGGCGAAAUGACGAAGGGAACGGGCAGCUUCGGCAAGCGCCGGAACAAGACCCACACGCUGUGCAUCCGCUGCGGCCGCCGCAGCUUCCACCUGCAGAAGAGCACCUGCUCCUCGUGCGGCUACCCCGCCGCCCGCAUCCGCAAGUACAACUGGAGUGUGAAGGCCAUCAGGAGGAAGACCACCGGCACCGGGAGGAUGAGGUACAUGCGCCAUGUGCCCAGGAGGUUCAAGAGCAACUUCAGAGAGGGAACUGAGGCCGCACCAAGGAGCAAGGGAGCCUCUUCCAGCGGCAACUAGGCGCGGCGGCCUUAACUUGUUACGCUAGGCGGAGCCCUGAUCAUCAAACUUAGCUUUUUUGUUGCUUUCUACUGGAACCCUGAUCAUCAAACUUAGCUUUUUUGUUGCUUUCUACUGGAACUCUAUGUUUCUAUGUCGAGAGGCGGACGAUAUGAUGCCUGGUUAUGUUAUUUGCACAAUUAUCGUGGACGUUAAUCCUUCAGUUUUGAAUGUUGAAUUGUGUCGAUGUCC